ACUUUUUCUCUAUGCAGAAUUUUUAAUGCGGAUUAAUCCUUUCGUAAAUGGUUUUAAUACGAACAUCUUGGCGAGAGUUAACUGGUUGAGUAUCACUGAUUUAUUUACGUAAGAUUACGAACUCGUCCGAAGCAUGCAAUCGGACUCGGCCGAAGCAUCUGUCUGCGGUCCCUCCUUAUCGUUAAUCUCAGCUAACAGUUUCACGUAGAAAUGCGCCGUCCAUAUAAGAUUUUUUGGUCCAUGGUAUAAUGAGCAAUGCAUAUACAGAUACCGGUGUCACGUAGCGACGUAGUGAUAUCGCCAGGCGAUAUAAAGCACCAGAGUUUUGCGUUUGUGUCGCGCGAGAGCGACGUGACGUUAUUCACGCGACUACAUCCGGAGUCGAAGUUCAACGACGGUAAUCUUUCAAUCAUUGGCGUCAAUUGCUACUCUGCUAUUUCCUGUCCCUUUUAUUUCUCCGUUUUUUCUUCGAUACAUAACACCGUUAACAAGUUAACGGCGCGCUGCGAGUGCUCGGUGCAGUUCGUACGUGUUCGUCCGUGUCUGCUGCGUGUUCAUUUAACUUUCCCGGAUCUCGGGAUCUCGGGCGUGUUCGACUCGUCACGACUUGACUCCUGGACCUCGCGUUUGAGAAUAUAUAUGCUUCGAGAGUGCUCCGAACAUGUCAUCUGUCGCGAGGAAUCGCUUUUUAUCGGCACUUGGCGUCGCACAACGUCUCAUCACAGCUGAACGCGCGCACGUCGCGUUGCGCGCGUGCUCCUCUGUUCAUCGCAACAAAACAAUGUAUCGCAGAACAAUGGAUUCUACAGUACAAAUGGCUCAUUAUGCGACAAAACCGAUAUUUACAAAUAAGGACGAAACUCGCGAAUUAAUGGCCAUAUGGCCAGAUAUUGUUCGUGAUAUUACGGAUUCCAUAGAAAUCCCAGAAGUUUCCAAAUGGAUGGCAAAAGUAUUGCAGUAUAAUGUUCCAGGAGGAAAAAAGAAUCGCAGUUUAGCAUUAAUUUAUGCCUAUAAAUUACUGGCAACUAAUGAUCAACUUACGAAAGACAACAUCCGCCUAGCACGAAUUCUAGCAUGGUGUGUGGAAUUGGUGCAAGCCUAUUUUCUUUUGCUCGAUGAUAUCCAGGAUCGAUCGGCAUUUCGUCGAAAUCAACCAUGUUGGUAUCGUCAUAAUGAUAUAGGUUUAGCGGCAGUUAAUGAUGCUACAUUGUUAGAGAGUGCUAUAUAUUUUCUAAUUAAAAAACACUUAAAAGGAAAAGAAUGCUAUGUUGAUAUAUUUGAAAUAUUUCAUGACAUUACACAAAUGACUGCAUGGGGCCAGUCUUUAGAUUUACUUUCGACUAAUUUUGGUAAAAAGCCGGAUCUGGAUCUAUUUACAAUGGAUCGAUACAAUUCCAUUGUCAAGUUUAAAUGUUCAUAUUAUACAUUCAUUUUGCCAGUAACCGUAGCAAUGCAUUUUGCUGGAAUAAAAGAUCCAGAAAUGUUGAGACAAACGAAAACGAUUUUGUUCGAAAUGGGACACUUCUUCCAAGUCCAAGACGAUUAUCUGGGUUGCUAUGGGAAAUCCGAAGUCACUGGCAAGGAUAAUACUGACAUACAAGAGGGAAAAUGUACAUGGUUGAUUGUUGUGGCACUUCAACGUGCUACACCAGAGCAACGUAAAAUUUUAAAAGAAUGUUAUGGAAUAUCAGAUCCAGAGAAAGAGCAAUGUGUGAAAAGAUUUUACAAUGAUCUGGGUUUGCCAAACACUUAUUCUAUAUAUGAAGAAGAGACAUAUAAUCUAUUAAACACCCAUAUACAGCAAAUAUCACGUGGUUUACCACACGAUCUUUUCUUGAAAUUACUGGAUAACAUUCAUCAUAGGGUGUCAUGAAAGUAUCAUUUGUACAUUGAAGAAAGAAACUAAAUGUGUAUUCAGAUUAUAGAAUUAAAGUCAAUGAACAAGAUGUGUCCUACUAAUGUCUGAGAACAUCUGUUUUACCUCUAUUUUAUUCGAUAUUCUAAAUAUAUCUUUAAAUAUUAUUCCUAAGUGAGAAACAUUAGAUUUUUUAUAAAAACUUUAUAUACAAUAUUUUUUUAACUUCGAUUAAAACGAUAAUAAAAAAUUUUUGAGACAUUUAA